GAGAAUGCUGGAGAUGACUUCGAUCAUUCUGCUUGGGCUCUCCACGUUGUUGAAUACCUCCGCAGUUAAUGUAUGUCUGGACACCACGGACGCCGGCAACUGCCAAAUUGAAGCUGGUGAAACUUUGGACCUUAGUGACUGCGGCAUAACAGAUGCCGAUUUUGACGAUCUGGCGUCUUGCCUGGAAGCUGCCGGGCCGGAAGCAAUCACAACUCUGUUCCUGUACGAGAACGAGCUCACCACGCUGCCUGAAGGAAUCUUCGGGAGUCUUACGGGUCUUCAAAUGCUGUAAGUAGCUGUUUGACAAGGUUGUCGGUAGAAUGUUUUUCCGCAUCGGGCUAGCAUGCGAUUGAGAACUACGAGAUCGCAGACCAAUCGUCCCCAUGACCCAUGAAAUCCCGACUAGCGCGCCGGGAAGCAGUUGGUAGGAAGUUGGGUGUAGAAGAGGUCGGGGGUGUCUGAGACCAGCUCCAGGCGACGUACCAUAGUCUCGCUGCCGUUAUGGCGUCUACGCCUAGCCGCUGCACUAUCUCGGAUGCUUGGGGUUGGAUGGAUUUGUCUGUGAAACGCGCGAUUCGGUCAAUUUCGAUCUGAAUGUGCGUUCAUUCGGCAUUUUUGCCGGUACAUUUAUCGGACAUGAGCAGGUUUUGAGAUGAGGUUUUGAGGUGAUGAGAGAGAAAGAGGCGAUGUUGGCGUUGCUGGAAACGUGAGCACCCAAGGAUCGUGCUACGUAUCGGGAUCAGUUGUCGCUUCCUGGCAUUCGCCGUAGAGCCUUAACAUGGUGGUGCCCUCUUGGCCUCACAUCCUAGCCUCUUGUCCGAUUGGCGGUGUUCUCAAUGCAACCCUGGACCCGGGUUCAGCUGCCAACUCGUCGCCUUCGCGGUAGGGGGAAGAUGGCAUGAUUGUUGUGAUUGUACCCAGGCCAUCGCGGCGGCCACGGCGUUGCUAGCGCCACUGUACUGAAGGACGUCCGUACAUGCUGGUGCGCUGGCCGCGCUUCGUAGAUCAGCAUGUGCGGCAGCAGGGACUGAUUCCUAGCUCAUGUGUGUUAUGUGCCCCGUUUGUGGUCUUUCCUUGACAACCGAAGGUCCCUGUACGAGAACGAGCUCACCACGCUGCCUGAAGGAAUCUUCGGGAGUCUUACGGGUCUUCAAAUGCUGUUUUGAGGUGAUGAGAGAGAAAGAGGCGAUGUUGGCGUUGCUGGAAACGUGAGCACCCAAGGAUCGUGCUACGUAUCGGGAUCAGUUGUCGCUUCCUGGCAUUCGCCGUAGAGCCUUAACAUGGUGGUGCCCUCUUGGCCUCACAUCCUAGCCUCUUGUCCGAUUGGCGGUGUUCUCACUGCAACCCUGGAACCGGGUUCAGCUGCCAACUCGUCGCCUUCGCGGUAGGGGGAAGAUGGCAUGAUUGUUGUGAUUGUACCCAGGCCAUCGCGGCGGCCACGGCGUUGCUAGCGCCACUGUACUGAAGGACGUCCGUACAUGCUGGUGCGCUGGCCGCGCUUCGUAGAUCAGCAUGUGCGGCAGCAGGGACUGAUUCCUAGCUCAUGUGUGUUAUGUGCCCCGUUUGUGGUCUUUCCUUGACAACCGAAGGUCCCUGUACGAGAACGAGCUCACCACGCUGCCUGAAGGAAUCUUCGGGAGUCUUACGGGUCUUCAAAUGCUACCAAUCGUCCCCAUGACCCAUGAAAUCCCGACUAGCGCGCCGGGAAGCAGUUGGUAGGAAGUUGGGUGUAGAAGAGAUCGGGGGUGUCUGAGACCAGCUCCAGGCGCCGUACCAUAGUCUCGCUGCCGUCAUGACGUCUACGCCCAGCCGCUGCACUAUCUCGGAGUCUUGGGGUUGGAUGGAUUUGUCUGUGAAACGCGCGAUUCGGUCAAUUUCGAUCUGAAUGUGCGUUCAUUCGGCAUUUUUGCCGGUACAUUAAUCGGACGUGAGCAGGUUUUGAGGUGAUGAGAGAGAAAGAGGCGAUGUUGGCGUUGCUGGAAACGUGAGCACCCAAGGAUCGUGCUACGUAUCGGGAUCAGUUGUCGCUUCCUGGCAUUCGCCGUAGAGCCUUAACAUGGUGGUGCCCUCUUGGCCUCACAUCCUAGCCUCUUGUCCGAUUGGCGGUGUUCUCACUGCAACCCUAGAACGGGUUCCUCCAACUGCCAACUCGUCGCCUUCGCGGUAGCCGGAAGCACGCAUGAUUGUUGUAAUUGUACCCAGGCCUUCGCGAUCAGCAUGUGCGGCAGCAAGCACCUGAAGGGCACAACGGUAUUGACAUGCCCGGAGCCCGCGGCGGGGGUAAGCCAGAUAUGCCAAGGCGCACUUGGCUCCUCAACUCCCCAAUGACCGGAUCACGCGCAACCAACCGCCGAUGCUCCGUGUAUCACACUUAUCGUUCUUUUCCGGGCAAAGGUUUAUUCUCCCCUUCUGGGGUUGGGGCAACAGUACACUGGUGAUUUAUCCAAGUAUGAAAACAUGCCAUUCUCCCCCGAAAUGCGCUGAAGCUUGUGUAAGGCAUGUUGGGUAACCAACAUCAACACCCGUAAACACUCGAGUUUUGUCUUCCUGGGAACGCUAAACUCCGUGGGUUUUCUUUUGGUGUGCAAAGACACCCUUCCAAUAUCGAGGACGCGCAAGGCCAUUUUCCCCCGUGACAUGAACCUUCCCGAGGAUAAUCAAGUGUCCGAGUACUUAUGGGCAGUUCAUCACAGGGCGGAAAUUUUUCCGGUACAAAAGAAUUUGAAACGUCGUCAGUGCACAAUCAAACGGGAAUUCGUGGCUAACUUGUGGUUGCCUUGUUCCGCUGAUGGCCUCCCCUUGGCACUCGAAGGCACCUGUACAACAACAACCUCACCACGCUUCCGGAGGGGAUCUUCGGGGAUCUUACGGCCUUGACGUUGCUGUAAGUAGCUGGGAUACUUCUCCGCAUGCGCUCAGCCCGUGCUAGACAAGAGGAAAUAAACAUUUUUCCGGUUUGCAGAUCUGCAGUCGGUGCAUGCGUUAACUGCUUCCUUUGAGAAUGUGGGGGUCGAACGAGCAGUCGGGAGAUGCUUGGGAGAGUACCAUUGCACUAGGGGCGCAACUGCUGUCGAAUCUGCGAGAGUUUGCCUGUUUCAAGUCAGCUCGCUUGCUCCAACCUGGCGUCCAAGUUGAUGGAAAGCAGCGCAUCCGGAAGAAGGGUAGCUGAUGCAGUUCGGACGCCCUUCGGUUCUGAGAUGAUUGAUUGUUGGCUCCGUUGAUCGAGAAUGGACCUCUUCCGAAUUCGCUCAACUCUGCACCUGUCUCGUACAGAUACUGAACGGUAUACAGUGAUCACAUCUAUUACGGCAUUCUGUUGGAUUCGUUUGUCUUCAUUCCGUUCGUCAUUCGGGGCUUCAGAGGCCAGGUAGUUCAACGUGCUGCGAUCACCUGCGUAAGAAAUUCAUUCGUUGUCCACAUGAUACUUCGCCGGGGCACUAUACGGUUGUGGUGGUAUUUCCCGCUUGUCGGGAAUUGUAGACAUGCGUUGGCCCGAGGUAGCGGGCAGUAAUAAUAGUUUCCCGACAUGGCACACUAUUUUGGGUGCCCCCCUACAAAAUGUCUCCUAUAUCUCAAGCCCCUCCGGUCUUACUGAUAGUUCUCCCUUUCCCUCGCGAGACUAUCUUGUAUCUCUGGAGUAGUGUAUCGAUUUCCUCCCAGGCAACCCAAGAGAAAAGAGGAGUGUCGUCCUAUACUUGAAUUACCAUUUUCGCUCUACCUGGAACACCAUCGGCGCGGUGCUGCGGCAAUGAUUUGUUGCUGUGUUAGGCGAUGGCUCCUCACCAACUGUUCGUAUCGUUAUUGGCCAUCAUGUUAACCUUGUUCUUUCCCCAACGUAUGAUCCGUUGUUGCAUCUGCCGCUCUCGUCCGGUCAUGCGCCGGCAAAUCUCGUUCGGGACCUGAAUUUUAGGCGCCUGGAGGGGAAUUCUCUGGAGUGCUUGCCCUCAAAUGAACUGGUGGAAGUUGAUGAUGAUGCCUCGGAGAAUGCAGCCGGACUCUACGUUGAUGCAUACGGUGACGAAUGUGGGUGCUCUAUUGAGGGCGUUAUCGACAACGUGUGCGGCCAAGUAAUGUGCACUCCUGGAGGUGAAGGGUACACGUGUGCGGGCACGCUUUCGCCUACGCCUGCGCCUGCACUGGGCACGACCGCGCCAGAAUCUUCACCAGGGUCGAACUCAGAAGAGGGCGCAUCGAUGGUGGGCGUUGUAGUCGGCGCUGUGGCCGGCGCGCUGGCGUUAGUAGCACUUGGGUUCUUCCUAUAUCGCCGACGAACCCUAAAGAGCACCGACCCCGACCCGCCGGCCCCUCCUGGCAACGGUGGGGACAGCCUGGAGCACGGCCGGGGUGAACCGCAGCAGCGACGGCAGCAGGACACCCAUUCCGAUCGGAGGAAACGAUACCCUGGGCCCGCCACCUGCUACCCGGAGAGACUCCCCGCCGCCGCCGACACCGUAUGCGCAUGAUGGUGCACACCAGCGUGAUGCUCUUCCUCCGUCAUCCCCACACAGGCGUGACGGCGGUGCGCGGUCACACCACGGCCGAUAGCCUAUUCAAUGGCUUGUGAUGUCUGGUUGCAGGUAGAUCGAUACCUCACAGUCAUGUUGUCGAUAGUAGCUAUUGCUUGAUCGAUCGGGCGCUGCACAAUCGCCCGCUACCUGUUGCUAGACGAAGGUGUCAUGAUGUUCUAUCGAUACCCAUGGCGCCGUCGAUGGUGGUGUAACCAUCUGUGCCGAUCGACCGCUAUUUGAUAGAUCGGCAAUAUACAAUGGUACAACGGUGCCCUUCGGGAGUUAGGUGGCUUGCCUCCCGGGAGCGACGCAGGAAGACAUGGUCAAUGUCAUCGCGGUCGCAUCGUUAUGUCUCAACGUCAUGACGUUCCGUGUUGGCAGUGAGUGCCGGUUUUGUGUACACCUGGCGUCCAAAUCGCCUCCCAAGACUUGGUCAGGGUCGGGCGGCAACAGUUCUUGAACCGCUCGUUUCUCGAGACCCCUGCAUGAAAAGUCGUUCCGACGUUUUUGUUGUGCUCGCAGAGUACGUUCGAGUGAGUGUGCCACAAGUCAACCUCAUAAGAACUUGGAGCAAUAGAAUACAUGUUUUAUCGUUCGUUCUCUACCGCUGACGUCGUUUGCCUUGUCGGUAACAAAACGAUAAACUUCGAUGUACCGACAACAAGGCAAAACAAGUUUACAUUAGGUUCGCAGACGACGUUCAAGGAUCAUUAUACGUAGACUAUGUGCUGGUGAUGGUAUCCUAUCGUCGGCAUAAUCAAGUCAUGACAAAACACGAAGGAGGUCUUUGUUUGGGUGCGUUAGCUCGUCAGAGGCCGGAAGAGAAAG